GAUUUUUAGAAUGUGCCAUCAAUAGUGUGGAAGAAGUUUGUGUUCUAUGUACCGUGCAGAGUGUCUCCUGCAAGUGACUUGGACAGUACCCCAGCAGUGACAGGGAGUGAUUAUGAAAUUAUGUAAUUAAUAAUUGUUAAUUCAUCAAUUGAGUGCUUAGUUGGUUUGAUUGUUGUGAUUCCCGCGUGAUCAAUUAGUUGGACAGAAGACGUGAUUGUGUGAUGAAAUGGAAGCCUCAGGAUUCGAUGAGCAUAUUUUCAGUGAAUUUCCCGAUACACUCACACCCAUAGGCAAACCCCUUCAGGAUCAAUCCCAACUCAUUCAACCAGCAACAACUUCAGUGCAAGCAAUGCUGGGACAAUUGGAUCCACAAAUUCCAGGACAUCAUACGCCAGAAAUGGCAGGACAGCAGCGUCUACCCGAAGUACAUAGUUUAUUUCCCGGCGGAUCCGCCAAAAUGGAUCACUAUAAGAAUAUUGAGUACUCUAGCACUAAGCUAGGUUCCUACUCGCCCAAUGGCAAAAGUACAGACUACACCAAUGGCAAAAUGGAUUCCUAUUCUCCAGGCAGUAAGAUUGAAUUUCUCUCCAACGGCAAAAUGAAUUAUUCCCCAAAUUCAGAUAUGGAAUACACCACUAAAAUUGACUACGAGAUGAACAUGUUCCAGCAACCCCAGCCCAUAGAUUCCACUAUGAGGCAACACAAUGGAUUGCAGUGCAUGAAGAGGAAGUCAGAAGAGGGAUCAAGUCCCAAUUCUACAAGUAGUGCUUCAAUUACCGUUCAAGGAGCAGGGAAUGGCAAUGGGUCUGAACCCUCAGCCACAUCUAAAAAGAACGAGAAGAAGAAGUCCGAUCCCAAUGGGAUCAAGAAGAAAAAAACAAGGACGACCUUUACGGCGUACCAAUUGGAGGAGCUUGAAAGAGCUUUCGAAAGAGCUCCGUAUCCCGAUGUAUUUGCACGGGAAGAACUGGCUUUAAAACUAAACUUAAGUGAAUCACGGGUCCAAGUAUGGUUUCAGAAUCGACGAGCAAAGUGGCGCAAAAGAGAACCGCCAAGAAAGACUGGUUAUAUAGGUUCUAACAGUCCUUCGGCACCGCUUACCAAUCUAGGGGCACCUUUCCCUACAUUUGCCCAAACCCCCGCCGCUGUGAAUUCACCCGGAAGCGUAGACAGUUGGACAAGCUACCAAUCACCGUAUGAGCUGAGCUCGCAUUUCAACAUAUUGUCACCAGCUUCGAGUCCCUACGGUUCCUUCUCCGGUCAAUAUGGCUCCUACGUCCACGACAGUCAACUCUUCCCCGUCCGACAGCAUUUUGACUACGGUAGUCCACCCCGGGGUAGCGGCGGAGAACUCGACGACGGCCAACAGAAAAGCAAUCACUAUGUCACAAUAGACGACAAAUACGAAACCCAUUGUCCUACAAAUGGGGUGCCCAAUGGAAAGUACAUCGAGACGGAAAAUAAAUUUAUCCACACCAUGGGAACUCUGGAUGAAUCCAAGUACAAUGUCAAUUGCCAAAUGGAGGAGAAUGAGAUGAAGCCCCAGUACUCCAGCAAUACAACACUAAUUGGUUGCCAUCCGGAUGACAAUGCCACGAUCAGCAUCAACAAGUCCGAGGACACCAUUACUCAGAGCUUUGUCUUGCCAUCCUUCCUGCAUUAGCACCACACAAAAUGCUCCCCCUCAUUGUACAUUGCAGAAAAUUUUUACAAACAUGGAUACGCAUUGCAAUACUCUUAGAUGAAAAUUGUCGUUUUUACAUAAUAUCUCUAAGGAUAAUUAAAUCAAUUAGGACCUAAAA